AUCAACAGCCGCCACCGCUGCAGCUCCAGCUCCCCUCUUGCCGCGGGAUCAGCUGAGCGCGGGGAUCACGUGGGCGGCGUGUCGAAGGUCACCGCGCGGCUCACAAUGGAGCUGUCGGAGUCUGUGCAGGGCGGGCUGCAGCUCCUGGCCGAGAGCGGCUGCUUCUCCCCCAGAGCCUACGAGGCUCUGCUGCAGGCGGCCUUCGGUGCCUUGCUCGGCGACCAGGCCGCGUUAGAUCAUCCAGACUUGGAACAUAUUGAUCCAGCAGUAUUAAAAUAUUGUCAUGCAGCAGCUGCAACUUGUAUAGUAGAAGCUGGAAAGCAAAAAGUCGACAAAUCUGCUAUAAGUACUUAUUUAGAAGACUGUAAGUUUGACAAAGAAAGAAUUGAACAAUUUUGCACCGAAUACCAGAAAAAUAAAGAUACCUUGGAAAUCCUAUUGGGAAGUAUAGGCAGAUGUCCACUGCAUAUAACUGAUGUUUGUUGGCGUUUGGAAUAUCAGAUCAAGACUAAUCAACUUCAUAAAAAUUAUCGCCCUGCUUAUCUGAUGACCUUAAAUGUUGAGAGCAAUGACUCAAGAUCUCAACCGGACAUUAAUUUUAGUUGUUCUAUGGAGCAAUUACAGGAUUUAGUUGGGAAACUAAAAGAUGCAGCUAAAAGCCUAGAGAGAUCAACUCAGUUGUAACUGCAGACCUUGGCAGUCUAUUGGAUCCAAGAAGAAAAAGAAAUUGUGUCCUAACAGUUUCAUCUUUGAACAUUAAUAUGAUUACUCCUUGUUCUUACUUCAUUUGAUGGGAUUUUGAUAAAGCUUUGGCUGUAAUGAAAUGGAAUGCCUACUUUCUAGACAAUGUUUCAUGUUUUGUAUGUAUGUACAGUCAAGACUGUAGCAUUUUUAGUAUCAUGUCUAAUGGGGUUAGAUAACCAGAUAAUUCUCUUCUUCUUUUUUCCUGUCCCCUUGUUAAAUAUCUGCUCACUGCUCAGUCUUGUCCUUUCUUUAAAAACAAGGCUUUAUUUCCCAUUUCUAACCUCUAAUAAAAACAGAGAGCAAAAGCAAUAGAGAGUUGAUCUAUUUUAUGUGCCACAUCUAUCAAUAAUAAUGUGUGUUGAUUGGGGGACUGGAGGAAUAGUUGGAUUCUCCUGAGGGUCCCCACUAUGGAGUCAACAUUCCAAGAGUAACCUUCUCACCAUCAAAGAUCACUUUGAAGGGCUGUGAGGCUCUGAACCUAAGGAGGCCUUCAUUGUGUUGUAAUUAAGUAGUCAGUUGUCUUGAGUCUCAUUUUGGUGAAGUCAUGUUGCAGCUUUUUGAAAAAAUAAAUAAAUAAAUUGGUGAUUCACAUGCGAAAGGAAACUGUCAUGCCUUCAUCUGUUUUGACCCGGAUUUACUUGCUUAAAUAUUCAGUGGUUUAUGUAGAUAGACAAUAGCUGGAGUGCCCUUAAUUGCACCAGUGGGUUUCUUUUCACUUCAAUGCAGUUGAAUGGCUAUAGAUGGAAUGUGACCAGCAUUGUCUCCACAACUUAAAACAAACAAAAAACAACUCCACCCUCGCCCCCAUCUUACAACGUGGGCAGAAGCUGCUUUCCCAGUUGUCAAUUAUACACCCCGGCUGGGAAAUGGGUAGCGAGACAGCUCUGGUUUACAGCGAGGUCCAUGAUCCGAGUUUCCGUUUUUCCUUUCAUCUUCCUUGGGCUCUUUAUACCAUCGUGGAAAGGGCAAGAAGAAACUGCCCACCUGAGACGGAAAACACCCGUUUGCCACUUUUUGUUGGGGAUUGACAAAUAAAUAGACCAGCUUUUUCUGUACCAAGUCUAUAAGCACCCGGAGUGUUCCGUUUAGGGUAAUGAAGCCCCCACCCUGCAUUGGAAAUCUCAAAAUGCAAAACACGUAUCUUAUUAGCAAAACACCCACAAAAGGUACGUUGGGAAGUGGGAGGGCGGGAGAGAAACCCCCCCCCCGUUAGUCCAAACUUUGCUGCUAUUAAAGUGACACUUGUGCUCCCUAAUGGGUUUAGUAUCCCAUGGUGAAUUCUCUCCCCCACCUCCGAAAUCUUCUGGAGCUAGACGUGGUGAGUCCACCUGAAGAGAUCCCUCCCCAUAAGUAGUACCAUGUCCGCAUUCCUGGUGGCAAAGGAACGGAUGAGAGGCAGAGAAGCAAAGUGCCGAAGACGCUGUCAUCACCUCCUGGCUUAGACUCUUCCACAUUUCUUAUUCGGGGGAGGGUCGCACGCGGAAGCUGGUCCUUUUAUCUGCCUUCGGGCGGCUUGGAGAGGAAAGAUUUUGAUAAACCAAGCAAACAUUCUCCCAUCCCUUUUGGUUCACACCAUUUAUCGUUGGGAUCUUUAUUUAUUUGUUAUUACCUGUAUUAUUAUUUAUUAUUAGCACGGGGUGGGGAGGAGGAAGCAAGCUUGUAAUGGGAGGCACCCGAUCCGCGACUGAGUGAAGCCGGCGCCCCCCUUUUUCCCAGCCUGUUUUUACACCCCGACCCUAAACUUCCAAGCUCUGGGUUUGGCACUGGGAAGAGAAUCCGCGGGUGAGUCAAGUUCCUCGGCUUAAUACAGUCCGGUGCUGCGGUUACUCCAGGGUCCGUUUCUGUAUCCCUGGUGGAAUCUGAGAGCUUGCUUUUAUUUAUUUAUUUAUUUAUUUAAAAAUAAAUAAAUGAAUGCCUCUACGCGGGUUACUAUUCGCUUCCCAUUAUAAUCACGGCGUGCAAGAGAAUCCGAUAUGCUCUGUAACCUUCCAUUUCCCUGCGUCCUGUAGAGAGGGAGACAGGGUUGGCAACUUGGCAUCAGAAAUAACACACGCCCACGGGUCGAAUUGUGGCGAGGAGGGUGCUGCCCCAGGUUGUCUACUCCGUGCGUGUGUUUUGGGCGCUUGUGUUCCCAAUGAAUGGCCGAGGAGGACCAGAGCGUGGCUCUUUCCCAGGCGUGGCAAACAGCACAAGCCACGAACCCCGGGUUAGGGAUGUCCCCUCCGACGUCUCCCGCGUGUUCCAGUCUCCGCACGACACCCGUCCUUCUUCUCUCUUUGGAAAGUGGAGGGGGGGCGAAGAAGUGUGGGGCGGGAGU